AUGCCCGCCCUGGCCAACCUGACGCAGACCCUGGAGGAUGCCCUCCGGAGGGUCCUCGCGGGGUACAUGGACGCCUGGCGCCGGAACACGACCGCCCAGCAGGACGCCCUGCAGGCCCGGGUGAACGCCGAGAACUUCUACUACGUCAUCCUGUACCUCCUGGUGAUGAUCGGCAUGUUCUCCUUCAUCGUGGUGGCCAUCCUGGUGAGCACCGUCAAGUCCAAGCGGCAGGAGCACGCCAACGACCCCUACCACGAGUACAUCGUGGACGACUGGAAGCACAAGUACAAGAGCCAGAUCCUGAGCCUGGAGGAGGCGAGGGCCACGGUGCACCAGAACCUGGGCGCCACGGGGUCCAGAGCGUCCCCGUGA